AUGGCCCCAUAUGAAGCAUUAUAUGGACGAAAGUGUCGAUCGCCAAUUCAUUGGGAUGAAGUAGGAGAGAGGAAGAUUAUUGAUUCGGCUACAAUACCAUGGGUUGAGGAAGCCUACGCAAGGGUAAAGGUGAUUCGUCAGAGGCUUCAAACAGCCCAAAACCGACAAAAGAGUUAUGCCGAUCAUCAGAGGAAGGAUUUAGAAUUUGAAAACGUAGAUAAAGUGUUUCUUAGGAUUACUCCCUUGAAAGGAAAGAUUGAGGCAGGAAAAGGGAAAAAGUUGCAACCGAGAUAUAUAGGACCUUUUAAUAUACUCCAGCAGAUAGGGAAUGUGGCUUAUCGACUAGAGCAGCCAGCUAGCUUGUCUCGGAUUCAUGAUGUGUUCCAUGUUUCUUUGCUUAAGAAAUACCAUCCGGAUCCGACUCAUAUUUUGCCACCAGAAGAUAUUGAACUCGACGAGUCUUUAACCUAUGAGGAACGACCCAUUCGAAUACUGGAUAGGAAGGUGAAGGACUUGAGAAACAAGCAGAUUCCACUAGUUAAGGUUCUAUGGAGACAUCAUGAGGUGGAGGAAGUAACCUGGGAGCUGGAGAAAGACAUGCAAGAGAAGUAUCCCGAGUUGUUUACAACUAAAUUGACUGGAAAUAGUAUGAAGGUAGCUCGAGUAAUCUCUGAAGGUUCUGGUAGAAUGGAGGAAGCGUUGGAGUGUGCCUUUAAGAAGUUUGAUCUAUCUGAGAUAGAAAUAGGAGGCAUAGAUCUUAGUAGGGAAGAUAUUAAGGAAGGAGUUCAAGACUAUGGAAGCUUAGUAGGUAAGCUGAUGGGAGAAAAUGUGGCAAACUUCACAAGAAUGAAAAACUUUACAAAGCAUGCUUGGGGAUACCCAUGA